AUUUCAGUUCAGUGACCACGCGUUCCGAAGUCUGACAGCGGGACGUGACGUCACAAACUUCAAAGUAGCAAGCAGCUCUUUUCCGAUCGGCCCGUCGAAAAUAGUGGUAGCGAGUGGAAUCCAGCAGCUAGCAAAAUGGUUAAAGUCAAGUGCUCGGAACUCCGGACGAAGGACAAGAAGGAGCUGACCAAACAGCUUGAGGAGCUCAAGACUGAGCUGCUCAAUCUGCGAGUAGCGAAGGUUACCGGUGGAGCACCCUCAAAGCUUUCCAAGAUUCGCGUUGUCCGGAAAGCCAUCGCUCGUGUUUACAUUGUGAUGAACACCAAGACCAAGGAAAAUCUACGCAAACUGUACAAGGGUAAGAAGUAUGUCCCACUGGAUCUGCGCCCCAAGAAGACCCGCGCAAUGCGUAAGGCUCUGUCUCCACGGGAUGCUGCCCGAUUGACGCUGAAAGAACAACGUCGGCGUGCCAAGUUCCCAAAACGAACGUAUGCCGUAAAAGCCUAACCUACGAACGCGAUGCUUUUUUCAGUUGAAUAAAAAUCUUAUCUGAAUGUAAGGAA